UGACUUCCUUUCCAUCCCAUCGCUCGAACUCACGCCACAUGACCAUGGGCUCGAGCUCAGAAGCAACUUUUCUCGCUCAUGAGUGCGAGCGGCCUUAUCUCCCUUUUGACCCCUCGUCCUCGCAUUGGGCUGAUGUGGUCCCCACUCUUCAAGACGACGGCCCCUCUCCCGACGUGCUCGUCCCCAUCAUGUACGACCCAGCCUACUCAUCCGCGAUGGACCUGCUCCGCACGAUGCAGCCCAAGCGCGAGUUCUCGGACCGCGCUCUUGCCCUGACCACGCACCUCGUCUCGCUGAACCCCUCCAGCUAUACGGUCUGGGCGUAUAGGGCUGAUGUGCUGCUUGAGGGACAAGAGGGCGGGGAGGAGAAGAGAAAAAAGCUAAGAAGGGAGCUGGAUUGGAUGGAGGAACUCGCCCGCGGCAAUAUGAAGUCAUAUCAAGUCUGGCAACAUCGUCGUAUGAUCCUCUCUGCCCUCGGUGACCCCUCUACCGAGCUCAGCUUCAUCGAGUCGGUGCUGAACAAGGACAGCAAGAACUACCACACGUGGGCAUACAGGCAGUGGGUUCUCGCGCAGUACGGCGGUUUGCCCAGUGGCAGCGCGAGGGACAAGCCGACACAUCCGGAGCUCUGGGAAGGAGAGGUGGGAUACACGACCAAGUUGAUUGAUGAGGAUGUGAGGAACAAUUCGGCGUGGAAUCAUCGAUUCUUCGUCAUCUUCGGCAGCGGGAGAGCAGCUGCCGGUCCCAAGGCCAUCGGCCUGCAAUCGCCAGCCGGCUCAGAUGCUCCGAAAGAUGGCCUACUACAAUGCGCCGAAGCUGAAGUCAGAUACACCCGCUCGCAGCUCUCCAUUGCCCCUUCAAACGCGGCAGCCUGGGCCUACCUUCGAGGGGUCCUCUCUCACGUCAACCAACCGCUCACAUCCUACGACUUGCAGCCAUUUGUCCGCAAUCUUGGAGAUGAGGUUGCACACGCGCUCGAGUAUCGGCUGGACAUUGUUGAGGAGCAGCUGCUGGAGGGACGUGAGGCGCCAGAGAUUGGCAUGAUGGAUCAGCUGGUAGAGAAGUUGGUCGAGGUGGACCCUGUGAGGAGGAGGUGGUGGCAGGCGAGGAGGGAGGAGAUUCAAGAGCUGACAAAGGCUCCGGCGCCGGCGCCGGCGCCCGCCUCCGGGGCGUAGAUGUGGAGCGAUGUAAGACCGUCGUCAAUCAGUACCCCAACCUGCGCGCC